CCCACCGUCAAAGAUGGGGGAUUCUGAAAUUUAACGAGGAAUUAACUUUAUAAACUAAUUUUAUAAACGAACGACUGCCAUUGCAAAUACAUUUUUCCGUCCUAAGUGAAAAGAAAAAUGUAAUUUGUCAUACUGGAAGGCGUUUUGACCUAUUUACGCGUAUUUGUAUAUGAAUUAAGCAUUUUUCAAAGGAAAGGGGAGUUCCCAGAAAUGUCAACAACAUUUUCGUAACAAUUAUGCAAUAGUGUUGUAAAUUAAUUCUAAUGACUGUAUUUAAACACAUAUGAAAAAUUCAAACUGUUUAUAAUUGAACAGGAAAAAUAUGCAUUUUUCAAUCCCAGACACACAGGAGAUAACUGAUGGAUCUGGAUCAACCUACACUAGUUUCAACAUCCAUAUCAAUGGUGUGUUUCAUUGUACAGCCAGAUUUAGUCUGUUGCACAGUUUUCAUGAGCAGUUAAAGAAGGAGUUUGGAGCAACUGCGCUUCCACCGUUUCCACCAAAGAAGUUGUUUCCAAUUGCUGGACCAAAGUUAGAUGAAAGACGUUUGAUGUUGGAAAGAUAUAUACAAAUUGUGAGUCAAGAAGCAGCAAUAGCCAACAGUGAUGUGUUCAACAGUUUCUUGUUAACAGCACAACAGGAGACACAGAAGGAGCAGCCAGAGAAUGUUAGUCUUGAUGUUUAUUUAAUGAAUGGUCACAAGAUCUCAGUGAAUAUCAUCUCCACAGAUCAGACAGAAGAUGUGCUAGAGACUGUAGCGUCUCAGAUAGAUCUUCCAGAUGACUUUGUUUAUUAUUUUGGUCUCUACCUGGUAAGAAAGGAGGGCGAUUCAGAAACUUCAAUUGUGAGAAAGUUGCAAGAUUUUGAGUCACCUUCAAUAUCAUUAAAAUCAGCUAAUCUGAAAGGUGUUCAUAGAAUAGUGCUCAGGAAAUGUUUCUGGGAUUCUUCAUUUGAUGAUGAACUGCUUGCCAAUAAAGUUGCUAUGAAUCUGCUCUAUGUUCAGGCUGUAAGUGAUAUAGAUAGACAGUGGGUACUUGCCACUAAAGACCAGAAAGAACACCUCAAAUCUUUACAACAAAAAGGAUCCAAACGAGAGGUAUUAAAAAUUUAA